GCAAUAGUUUCAGUUCUCUCUGCGUCAAGAAAGUUAUGGAAUAAAGUGCGACAAAUGUGGAGAAUCCAGCGAAAUAUAGGCAGCAGGAAUUAGCUUUAAAUUGACUAGUAAAUUUGGAACGAGACCAUGGAACCACCGUUCCCGCCGGAUGUUGCACCGUUCACGCCCAUCUGGGGUCAGGAAAAUCCUUCAUCGAUGGUUCACUAUCCCGAGCUGAUGGCCGGUUUCCCGUGUGCCGAUUUAGCAAUUUGGCCUCGACAGCAGGUGGGCAGCUUCGUUAGCCAACGGUUGUCACCGCGCGGUGCACACUCCGCAUCACAGAGCUCUUCGUCGAAGAAAACGCGCCGCCGGGUUGCUUCGAUGGCACAGCGGCGUGCGGCCAACAUUCGCGAGCGACGUCGAAUGUUUAACCUGAACGAGGCAUUCGACAAACUGCGGCGCAAGGUGCCGACAUUUGCGUACGAGAAACGUUUGUCACGCAUUGAAACAUUACGGCUGGCGAUCACCUACAUUGGAUUCAUGUCGGAGCUACUGACCGGCACACCGACACACGAUGGUCGUUCGCCGGAACUCUACCCUUCCCUGGCCAGCAGUAACUCCGCACACCAUCACCAUCACCAUCAUCAUCAUCAGCAUCAUCAGCAGCAGCAGCAGCAUCAUCCUCAGCAGCAGCAGCAACAACACCACCAUCACCAUCAGCAUCAUCAAACGCACAAUCAUCAUGCGCAUCUUCAUCAUCAAGCACCACCUCCACCGCCUCCUCCACCGUCGUCAUCCUCAUCAUCUUCUUCUACACAGGCGACACAGCAACAUCAUCACAGCCAUCAUCCGUCGGUCGUGGCUCCGGCACCAGUACCACUACCGCCCACGACCACGGGGGCGUCCGUCGGAGUGCACCAUUUGCAUCAUUCAUCGCUACAACGGGCUGCAGUUGCUGCGGCCGCCGUAGCCGCCGCUGCUGCCGUUUCUUCCACUAACCCUACCAAUGGUAGUGACUAUCUGGCAGUUUACAGCGCCGCCACGGUUCCGGCGGUGCAGCAUCACACAGGUUGAAGAUGAACUUGAGACA